AUGAAUGCUCGCAGAGAGGGGAUUGACUUCCUCACUCCGAAUCCCUUCAACGUGCGGCACAGCAACUAUGAAUCAAUACUGCAGCAACUGCAGGGCAACCCAUCCUUAGUUGCCUCUAUUUUAGUGACUGUCAUCACUUUGUAUUUAGCCGUCAGCUAUUUGGGCCCAGCUUCGUUGUCGGUGGCUCGGAUAGCCUGGAAUAUACUUGUCUACUUGACACCUUCGCGAUUGAUUGCCGCCCUAGAUUCCAAGACACCGAAAUCCGACGAGAACCCUCUUUCGUUGACCUUCGAGGCCAAGAGUGAAGCGAUGCAACGUAUACUUGGCCUUGACGAUACCUCCUUCUCCUCCCUCUUCCCUCGCGCUCCGGCUUUCUCGAGCUUCGGGACCUCCCUCUUGAGCAGCAAAAACAACGUACCGCCAGGGCUUGGAAACUGGGAUAAUUCGUGCUACCAGAAUAGCAUAAUACAAGGACUGGCGUCCCUUCAGUCGCUGGAGAGAUUCUUGGAUCAAAACGUUGAGCAGCUAGGACAAAAAGCUCUUUUGUCCACGCAUCAAGCUUUGAAGGAUAUCAUAGAGCGACUCAACAGUGCCGACAGCAAUGGCCAACGUCUAUGGACUCCGGCAGAUCUCAAAUCUAUGAGCAGCUGGCAACAGCAGGAUGCACAGGAAUAUUUCUCGAAGAUCGUUGAUCAGUUGGAUCUGGAAGUCCAACAGGCGACUCGGCGACACACACGCAACUUGGGCCUGAAGAUGGCAGGACCGCAGGAACAUGUGAUUGGAUCUGGUAUAUCUCAGGAGCUACAGGAAAGUAGUGCAGGGGAGACACGGAUAACAGGAAAUCAGAUCUUUCGGAAUCCGUUGGAAGGUCUUCUUGCGCAGAGAGUGGGAUGCAUUCAGUGCGGUUGGACCGAAGGUCUCUCACUAAUUCCUUUUAACUGCUUGACUGUGCCGCUUGGCCCGAAAUUUGAGUACGAUAUUCGAGAGUGUCUCCAUCAUUACAUGCACUUGGAACCCAUUGAGGGGGUGGAAUGUGCAAAAUGUACAUUGUUACGUGUACAGUCUCAGUUACUGAACUUGCUGAAGCAAAUCGGCGAUGAUGAGGAGACUCCGAGUGCUACUCCGGAGUCACCAAAGAUAUCAGAUGCGCUUCGAAGCUCGGCACAGGAGCGCCUACAGGCCGUUGAGCAAGCGUUGGAAGAGGAGGAUUUUGCAGAGAAAACGCUCUCCCAAAAGUGCCAUAUUCCCGGAAAGAAUCGAGUGUCGUCGACCAAAUCCAGACAGGCCGUGGUUGCCAGGCCUCCACAAUGCCUAGUCAUUCAUGUCAAUCGAAGCAUGUUCGACGAAAAUACAGGAAUGCUCCGGAAGAACUACGCAGCCGUCAAAUUUCCAAACGCCCUCGACUUGAAUCCGUGGUGCUUGGGCGGGGUCUCCAAGAACCAGAGUGAACCAAGUCUAGAAGCUUGGGAAACCAAUCCCAGCGUAUCAAUGCUCUCGCAUGCAGGAAGAGGCGCGAAUGCAGGUGGUCACUAUCAGUUGCGUGCUGUGAUCACCCACUACGGCCGUCAUGAGAAUGGCCAUUACAUAUGUUACAGAAAAUAUCCAACCGACACUUUUCCGGCCCACGUCCCGGACGCGAUUAUCGAGGCAGAUGGAGACAAGGAGAGAGACGAGCGUUGGUACAGGCUAAGCGACGAGGACGUGCAGAUGGUCAGCGAAGCGAACGUCAUGUCUCAGGGCGGCGCCUUCAUGCUCUUCUACGAGGCGGUUGAGGACUACUCCCCGGAGGCCGCAGAGGAUGUGGAUUCUGGGUUGGCGGAAGAGGAGGGUUCAGCACCUUCUUCUAGCUGCACGCCAUCGGAGACCAUGUCCACAACAUCUGCUGCCACAGGAGACUCCACGUCCGAUGUAUCGCAAGCGACCAGCGUCUCAACGGCGUUAAAUGUUGAACCUCGCGUUGAGAAAUCCCUGCUUAUGUCCGACGUUGACUGA